UUGAAUAAAAAGGGAUGCAACUGUUGUUUAUUUUUAAACAACACCAAAACGCAGCAAGGUUGCAGCUUUCUAAAACGCCAACAAGUAACCUAGGAUUAGCAGACGUCAUGGGAUUUCAACUUAGUGUCGUCUGCCUGGUUGUAGUCUGUUUGGUACUUGUUGAGUCAAUGCCUCCUGUAGAAGAUGACGCCGCUGGUUUGGUAUUAAGGGACGAUGGGAGUGCUCGGGCGGGGAUGGACAAAGUGACGUAUGAAACAAGGAACGACGUCAACGAUGAAGCAAUCGCAAGGAGGGAGGACCCGGAGCCAGCUGUCGAACACGAAGAAGUUGCGAACCCAACAGAAGUAAGAGGAGACGCGACAAGCCCCAGCUCUACAACAAAGGCACCAGGUCUUUGGGGUAAUGUAAAAAACAUUUUAAAGACUGGAUAUAACAAUGUUAAAAAUGAAAUUGUCAAAACUGCCAAGUCCGUGGCAAAUACAGUAGUCGAUCAUUUAACGCCUUCCUAGAGGCUGAUCCAUUCACGUUGACGUGACCACACCAACGUGAUCAAGAUACUAACUCUUGGAUGAAUAAA